CUUUCAUUUUAUUCAAAAUAGACUACAACAAAAUAGUUUAUAAAUUAAUGAAAAUGAAAAUACCCGAGAUUAAAAGUAAAUCAGCUAUAAUGGUUACAGCAGAUGAAGAACUGGUAGAUCAAAUAUAUGAUGAUUCAUCAAAUCUAAGAUCAGACAUGGCAACAACAACAACUGCAUAUCCUCCAGUAAUAACCACUAUUAAUUUUACAUCUGAUAUCAUUCAACAAAUACAACAGCAACCAUUAUAUAUGCAUGAUUUAGGCAGUAUAUUUACUGCAUCGUUAACUCAAUUUAAAAAAGAAAGAAACGAUGCUGUUAUUACAUCACCUUUAUUACUUGAAAAGUCUACAGAAGAAGAAAAACGCCAACUUAGAUUAUUAAGAAAUAGAGUAGCAGCUAAAGAAUGUCGUAAGAAAAAGAAAUUAUAUAUUCAUAAAAUGGAAGGUACAAUCAUAAAACUACAAGAUGAAAAUUUAGAGUUACGCAGGCAAGUAAAAGAGCUAAGAGAAAAGUUAACAUUCCAUUUAUCAACAAAUGUUUAUCAUUCAUUGGAAUAAAUUCUUGAAUAAAAUACCUCUCUUCUCCUUUUUAUCCAUAUUCACGUAUAUACCAAAUAAAGAAAAUAAAGGCUUCAAAAAAUAGAUAAAUAUUUAUUUAUAUAAAUUUGGGCUUAAACAAG